AUGACUUCGCUUGUUCCGGCCUCGUUUAACAUCCGUUCCGACGAGUUCGCGAUAUAUCCUUAUGGAUUUCCUGCAACGCUUCCCCAGCCAAGCAUAGUACUUCGAGUGGAACACCAACAGUCACUUGUUCCCCAGAAUGGGCGACAAGCGCCGCAUCUCCCACCGGCUGGGUCACAAUCACUCCACGAAACUCUUAAACCGGGUACCCGUAACGAACGAUAUGGGGGCCCACCUUUUCUUUCCACGGUAAAACUUUUGAGGGAGCGACUUUUCUAUCUCGGAGGAAAAGAAGAUGAUGAGAGGAAAGAGCUAAAAUCUAAUAAGUUGUGGGAAAGUGAGAUCAGAUUCUGUCAUGGAAGCGUAAGUAUCAUGAACCGACAAAUGAUCUCUACAGUGAUCUGUUCUGAAAUGUUUUUGUGUGUUUUAUUGCUGAAAUAGCGAAUAAUUCGAAUCCCAAAUAUAAAUCGACGACUAGUAUAGAUAUGGAUUCAUUUUUCUUUUAUUUUUGUUAGUAGGACGCAGUUCAGAACAGAUCACCGUAAUCAAAAUUUUUGUUUGUACUGUAGACGCAAAGUAUAGCAAUUGUAGGGAUGUCCCGAAAAUAAAUCAAGCAAAGUGAAAUAACACGCACGCGAUCUGGGGAAGGGGACGGUGGAGAUCGACGCUUACCUUAUACUGGCUGCAGUCACAUCUACGACGUAACUAAAGUUUAGUGUCAAGUUACGUGAUGUCAUAAUGUCGACCGAAAGCAUUAACUACAGUUAGGUGCGGUCACAUCACGCAGUUAACAACAGUUAGUUCUAACUAGCCUAAUGUAAAUUUUUUGUUUGUUGUUUUUGGAUUCCCCGUCGCUUCACGCAUGGUUUUUAUUUUGCAUAUUUAUAUAUGCUCAUCUCGCAACGUGCGAAAAGAAGUGUCACAUUCUGAUUGGUUGUUUGUUUGUAAAAAUAAGACUAACCCACGAACCCUGCUUGGGUAUAACUAUAGUUAGUCUGUAUUGUUUUGGAUCCAAUGUCCGAGGCGUAAAUUUUCUAACUAUAGUUAGAGCGGACAGAAGUGGUCACAGAAAUAGCUAACUAUAGUUAUCCCUGUCUUAUCUAUAGUUAGUAACCCAGAUGUGACCGCAGCCACUGUCUGGUCGUGUUGGAGAGGGGGGGGGGGGGGGGGGGGGGGAAAACAAUACAAGCAACUCAAACUGUUUAAAACAAUAAGGUGGCAUGCAAACAUAUAAGCCUAAAAAUCAACUGCGGAAUCGGCCCCUAUUCUUGGAACGCUGUUUCCCACUGUUUUACACAGACAUCAACCCUAUCAAUUUUUUUGUUGCCGAAGUGCCGAGGUUGAAAUUUUCUAUAAAGUAUGUAAGGAGAAAAAAAGUGACAAAAAAAAAGAUAACUUAUAUUUACCUUUUUUUUAUUAUGUAUAAGUACAAAGGGUGUCCCCCACCCAGCGGGUUGUGGUGGUGAGGGGGGGGGGGGGGGGGGGGGGUGAGGGACAACAAUGCAAGCACAUCAAACUGUUUAAAACACUAAGGUGGCAUGCAAACAUAUAAGCCUAAUAAUCUACUGCAGGAUCAGUCUCUAUGAUUGGAACGCUGUGUCACGCUGUAUUACACAGGCAUCAUCACUAUGAACAGCCUUGUCUGUCAUGAUAUGAUUUCAGUAUGAACACCUCAUGCCUACCUCGACGUACUGUAGUUUUUUUCCUUCUUGUUUUUGUUUAUUGCCCCGCCCCCCCUUCCUCCUCCUGUCACUGAUAUGAACCCCUCCCUAAUUCUAAUCCAAGAGGUCAAGGGGGUGGGGGAGGGGGUUACAGAUAUCACCCAAGAAGGCAACUUGUGUCCUGUUAAUUUUCAAUUUUGCAGAAACUGCAACACUACAAGGUGGUGGCAAAAUAUUCAAGACGAUGUUUUGCUUUAGUUGAGAAGAUCGACGAGCAAAUUAAGCAAGGCAAGACGAAAAUAACAAGAUCGAAAGAAUUAUCACAGGCUCUCUUCUUAACCUUAUAUGGACGUUCCGAGGCGGAAAAAUAUAGCAUUCUGGAAAAACUUGCAAAUCAAGAAAUAAAGGUUUCCGAAAUCAAGAAAGUAAGUAGACAAAAUUUUUUAUUUUGUUUCUAUUUUCUUUAUUUAUAUUUUGAAAAAGGGUAGGGGCGCCAAAACGUGAGGUCCAUCUGCUUAUCACCAUUUCCCUCGCCUUCUGAUCCUAAAAAAAACGCCACAUUAUAAUAUUGUCAGAUAUUAUUUUGUUUCCGCUAUGCUUUCAUCAGGGUCAGCCAGCGUUUUGGGGGUAUAUGCAGGGUCCGAAAUUAACUUUUUAAUAUGGGCGCCAACUGGUGAGCAAGUAUAAAUUUUUGGUCACCAGAGGGCAAAUUAUUUUCGCCAAAAAUUCCCCUUGGCGGCUUGGAAACGUUCAACUCGUAUUGAUCGUAGCUGUUGUGGAGGUAUAUUUACAGGAAGAAUCGUUUUACUUUUAAAUUAAAAAAAUAUCAGCAGGACAAAAAGUAAGACACCUGUUGGCAAAGAGCUUCGAGGUUUCAAUUCUUAAUCAUUUUCUCCGAACAUGAAGGUCUACAAUAACAACCAGCUUUACAAGUCGCCAGCUGGCGACCAGCUAUGAAAUUCUGGUCGCCAGGACUGAAUUUUUGGUCGCAUUGGCGACCAGGAAGGCGCAAUUUCGGACCCUGUAAUAUGGUAUACCUGGUUUUGUUUGGCUGUUUUAAAUUAUUUUAAAUACUGUAUCAUACACCUUUUCUAGAUUGGGUACAUUGGCUAAUGUUAUACUAUUAGCCCUGGGUCAACCCCGCUGUUUUGUGGUGCGUGAUCUCUUCAUAUGACGAUUUCUAGUCAUUUCUGGCAAAUUUUUCUAUUUUCAGUUUUUUCCCUCUAAAGAUUCCGAGCAAACCAGUUCUGAAGAGCAAAGAAGUAUAGCAGCAGUAAUUCAGGUUCGUUUACAUUUCCUUUCACUCCAAAAUAGCCGCUAAAACACAAAAAGUUCAAAAUAUCUUUUGGUAAAAUUAUAAUGAUCGUAAGAGAUAAAUCGUGCUAAAGUUAUGUUAAUGAGGUUUAAUCCUGAUGACAACACCAUAGGAUUUUGUCCACAGCUUUUUUGAAUUUAGAGUGACAAAUAAUCACAGCCUAGCCUGGUCUAAAAGCGAGGAUGAGUCGGGCAAAAUAUAAUAAAGCUACUAAACGAUCGACUUAUUUCAGAAGUAUGGCUUCCUGCUGUUGCUUUCUUUUAGCUUGAGAGAGACAACAAGAAAUUACAUGAGCAGAUCGAACGGCUAAGGGACAAUAUAAAAGAGGUGUGUAUAACAGUACUGUGGCUUGAUCUUGUUCGCGCGGGCUAAUUUCCCAAGCAGCGGCUGUUAACCGAGCCUGGUGUAGAAAUAGGCCUUUUGCAGCUAGCCAUUCACGUGGUACAAACCGCCAUGCUGGAAAGCAAAAGUCACCGCACUGGAACAAGACAAACAAAAGGCACACAUAAUCUUGAAAUGGUAAUUUCUUUUGUUUGUCUUGUCCCAGUAUUACUUUUGCUCGCCAGCAUGGUGGUUUUGUACCACGUGAAUGGCUAGCUGUAAAGGGCUCAUUAUUGAUAAAGCUUAAUUAAAUAAUAGGGCAUGGACAAAAUGUUCUGAUAAGUUAUCUAUUGUUGUUACUUGGUCCAACACAGCAGUUAGUUUGAAGAGUUGCCGUUGUUAUUUUUUGUUUUUCAUUGCAACUAUUGUUUUAUUUAAGUUGAAGUUGACAAGCAUCGUCUUCAAUCCGCACCUCGCAAAACUCUCAUCCAAAUACUUAGAGAGUAAACCUCUAAAAUAUAAAUGGAAAAAAGGAAGGAACUGAAAUAUCGCUGAAAACAUCACAUGCUUCAUAUCGUUUUAGUAAACUGACGUCAAUCGCUCUUGUGAGAUUAAUAAGCUCAACUGGUAGAGCGACAGCGGAAGGUACAGGUGCAAUUCCUGGCUCUGGGCCAAGCGGGACGAGGAAGAGAAACGCGAAAUAGGAGACGGGCCUGGGAAGUCCCCCUCCCCCGCUUCCAUUUUUUCCCUCCUUUUCACCUCGUGCCUUUGCGCGUCUCCUGUGCUUCUCCCGCUUGGGCCAAAACAGUAUUCAAAGUCUUUAAAGAUCCAGAGAUGAAAAUACUGCCUGUACCUUGCCUGGUCGGACCUUCGCGUGGCUCGGACGGCCACGCAGACUUGGCGAUCUCAUCAUGGGCGACUGGGAUGGUUAAAACAGUUCCCUCAAUCAGCAGUUUUGUUCUAAAUACCUUGACAUUUAAUUAAAAAUGUUUUCUCUGCGUUUUGUAGAUAAGUGAUCAAUUGAUGGUUGCAGAACGCGAGAACGAGAGGCUGACCGAGGAAAUAAGGAAAUAUUUGAAAAGAAAGCUAAGAAAGGUAGCUAUUAUACUACAGGCUAUAUUUUAAGGACAUUAGUUUCGCGCGAAGAUCGUAUAGCAUUACUGAUCCCCAUGGUAAAAAUUGUAAACCAACGAUUGGUUUUAAACCAGGCUUCCAUGAACUCUACCCAAGCUUUAUUUACUUUACCUUUCUCUUUUGUUACGUUUGCCAAGUGUUGUUGUGGUGGUCUUGUGUGUACUUAGGAUACAUAAAAUUCACUUUGAGGAGAUGUGGAACUUUGUUUUUAAUUUUAUUAGUUAGUUCCGCUUGCAUUUUUAAUUCCAGUUUUAUUUUUUGAUAGCGUGGUAAUGUGACAAGCAAAAGAAAGCGAACCACAAAACAGUCUUCUCCAGUGAAAAAGGUAAGUUUCUCGAAUAGGUUUUUAGAGACGCUGGCACUUAAUGGCAACGUUAAUUACUUUACCAUAGUUGAGUGAUAUAUAUGUAGAGCGUUUUCACAUGACGUCACAAUGCGCCAAAUUGGCGUCCCAAUACAAUGAAACGGCCGGCAUGCGGGUGUCCUAACUCAGCCUUUCGAAGGUGAACCACUUUUUUUUUGUAAAAACUUUCUUUUUUCCCCGAUAAUAUUGCAUAGCUGCUCGCCACGUGCGCGAAAAGGCUCUCUAGCCUUUUGCUGACCAAACGCGGAGAUUGACUAAGAUGGUUUAAAGGCUUUAUUUUCAGAAUGUUCGCCUCAUCUCGGCGAUAAUAGGGAAUUAUUGAUCGAGGUAUAGACGGCUCUGAGUUUUUGAGGUUUAUCUUCAAAACAGUAGUUAUCUAUUGCAUCAACGCAAGUUUGUUUUCUCUUUAGAAAACAGUACGCAGAACAAAGAUGGCCUUCGAUGAUGAUGACGACCAGGACGACGUUGAAGAUGUUAGUGAUGAUGAUGAUGAUGAUGAGGAGGAGGAGGAGGAGGAUUAUAAUGUUGAUGAUGAUGAUUACAGUGGUGAUGAUGAUGAUGGUGAUAAUGACGAUAACGAACUGAAUGAAAGUAAAAGUGAAGUUCGAGACGAUGGAGAGGGAAAUCAAAAGACCCUUUGGAUUAUCCCAUGUAAGUUUCUUUUUUUCUCAUCAUGUAACACAUUUUUCUAAGGUUCAAAUUCCUUCUCCUAUGGCUGUUGGGGAUGGGGUGAAGCGAGCAUUAGCGAGCUAAGCAUGAAGAUAUGAUACAGAUAAAUUUAUUACGGGAGAAAAUUCUUUCCAAGCAAUUAAAAGUCCAUUCCAGCUUGCUCUUAAUUACUUGAGGAAUGAAAGAGACAUGAAGAUUAGCCUAAGUGGACUCUAAGUUUGAAAAUCUCUAUAAAUUUUUAGGUUUACCUUAAAGACAAGUAUUUUCUACCAAGAAUAAAACGGACUACUGCAAAGUCGGAGAUGACGACGAACAAACUGGAUAUCUGAUUUGUGAGAUGAAUCAAACCGCGACCAAGGCUCUUCGUCAGUUGUCGAUGCCGCCAUAA